UAGCGAAUUGAUUCAGUUGAAAAGAUCGGAAUCCCCCCGUUCGGCGCGCUGACAUAAAAUACCGGCCAACGGGAUUAACUUCAGUUUUCAGAAUCAGAAUACCUGUGGUUGUGAUUUAGCGCGAAGUGCAAGUCGACAAGUCCGUAAACGAGAUAGAAAAUAUCGUCCGAUGAGACUUUAUACACGUGCUUUGUAGCUGGAACAGUAGCUGUUUUGUUUUUGUUUGUUUAAAGAUGGAAAUUUUUGGCAUCCGUUUUGCACCUUUAAACGUUCCGCUAACACGCCGCAUCCAAACAUUUUGCGUCGCAAUAUGGAUGGUAACAAUGGCCUUUGGAGGAUUUAUAGGCUUAUUUAUGGCUGCCUAUCUGGUCCUCUUCACAAGACUGUGGUGGUUAACACUUAUAUACCUUAGCUAUAUAUGGCUUAAGGAUGCACACAUUAGUGAGGAAGGAGGACGACCUUCCAAAUGGGUGAGAGGAUGGCUUAUCUGGAAGUACGCGAUGGAGUAUUUUCCUCUCAAAAUAGAAAAGGUGCCUUCAGUCGAACUGGAUCCAAAGAGGAACUAUCUAUUUUGUAUCUUUCCGCAUGGGUUACUGUCCACUGGGGCCUUUAACUUCGGCACGGAAUUCAGUGACUACAAAGAUCUCUUCCCCAACCAUCAAUCGAGUAUAGUAACUUUGUCCCAACACUACCAAAUGCCGUUCUUCAGGGAAAUCUACUUGGGAUUAGGAGGAAUAGCUUCUUCAUCUAAAUCAAUAGAUUACGUCCUCAGUAGACCAGAAGGAGGCCGCGUAGUUGCUCUUAUGGUAGGAGGAGCCGUAGAAGCCUAUUUCUGUAAACCUGGGAAUUACCAAAUUAUAUUGAAGAAUAGAAAAGGGUUUAUUAAGCUAGCACUGAAGAAUGGUACUCCAUUGGUUCCGGUGAUUUCCUUUGGAGAGACUGAUUUGUUCGACCAACUUGAAGGAUCUUGGUUGAGAACUUUUCAAGAGAAACUCAGGAAGCAUAUUGGCCUGGCGCCUGUUCUUCCUAUAGGUAGAGGGUUCUUUCAAUACUCGUUUGGUUUAAUUCCAAGGAGGUGUCCUGUUACCACUGUUGUCGGGGAGCCCAUGGAUGUUCCUAAACUCGACAACGUAACAAAUGAAGACAUAGAAGAGUACCACCAAAAAUUCACGAAACACCUCAUCGCCAUGUUCGAAGAGCAAAAAUACAAAUAUGUAGAAAAACCGGAAGAGAAGAAACUGGUAAUAGAAUAGAGAAAACAUGUGGUUAUUCGGUACUUGUAAUGUAUCCCAAAAGUUGUUGAAUCUAUUGAUUUAGAAAUAAUUUGUUGGUUGGUUAGGAAUAUUUGAAAAUUAUGUAUAUAUUUAUUUAUUUGUUUCUUAUAUUUUUGAUUUUGUUACUUCCUUGUUUUGAUAGUUAUAUAAUUAACUAAGUAAUGGUUGGUUGCUCCAUUUUUGCACCAAUAGUAUAUCUGGCUUGCGUCAUUUUUGAGGUCGGUACUUUUAUUGGGACCGUGCAAGUUCGGAAGAGCGACACCUGGUUUCAUAACUUAGCAAUAUUUUUAGCACUUUUAAUUAUAUUGGCCAAUUAUAUUAGUCCUCGUUACUGGAUAAUUGUCAAGGCCAUAGCCCAAAAAAGAAUAAGAAGAAAAAGUAAGAUUGAGGUUAUGUUAUUAAAAGGUAAACAUUGUACCUACUACAACGAAAUGCCAUUAAUUAAAUUCACUUUAAUAAUUGCAUAUCAUAUCAAUAUUGUGAAGCAUUAGUUAUUGAUGGAGCAUAUUGUCAAUUUGACAAUUUCAAUUAACAAUAUGGAUUAUUUAAGAAAUGUAUGUUAAGAAAGUUGCAAGAUUUCUCCGCUGUACGCGCACGAUCGUUUCUCGUAUCCCCUCCAAGUACUUGCACACAGCGAAUAGGUGAUUUUUUACAUUUCAUGCAUGCUGAGUACGCAUUGAAAAAGCCGGAGCCGCCUUCUAUAAACUAAAGAAAAUUCUUAUUUAUAGAGAUAUUACAUUAAACCUUAAAAUCAGAUUAAUACGCUGCGCCAUAUUCUCCUACUUGCUGUAUGUCAUUGAGAGCUGAACUAUUACAGACGCAAUAAUGAAAAAAUUGGAGGUAUUGAAGAUGUGGAUACAAAAAUAACAGAACUAUGCUACGCAGACGACCUAGUGUUCAUUGGGGAGUCCGAAAAACAAUUACAAGAAAAUAUAAACAUACUGUAUGAAGAGCUAAAAAUCAGAAACAUGAAAACAAACAGAGAAAAAUCAAAAACAAUGAUAAUUGGAAGACAAAAAGGAAAACAUGAAAUAGAAGUACCUAGAUGGCAAGCAACUUGAACAGGUAGACAGAUAUAAGUAUUUGGGGGUAAUCAUAAGCCGGGAUGGAAAAUUAGAAGAUGAGAUAAAUGAAAGAAUUGCAAAGACUGGUAAGCUGUACAAUAUUAUUAAGAGUAACUUUUUAAAAAAGAAAGAAAUACCUAAGAAUAUAAAAACGGAAAUAGUAAAAAAGAUUGUGAAACCCACUCUAACCUAUUCCUGUGAAUCUUGGGCAUUAACAAAAAGGCAAAAGAAUAGACUAAUAAGCACAGAAAUGAGAUUUUUGAGAACAAUAGAGGGAAAAACAAGGAAAGAUAACAUUAGAAAUCAAACCUUUAGAGAAAAUCUGAAAAUACACCCAGUUACAACAACAAUCGAACUAGGACAACUUAGAUGGCUCGGACAUGUACUGAGAAGAGAAGAAAAAAUAGUAGAGGUCACAAUUUAAUUUCGACCUCGCCAUGACAGUCGCAAUUUAUAGUGAUUCGUAUUCAUUUCGAUAUUAGUUCCAACUGGGGAUAUUAACGUUAGGUAUCAUUUUGACACUGCUCAGAAUUUGGGUUGGUUCUCCUGUUUGGGCGCGCGACUUUUCCCCAACACGAGUCUACGAGAAGUGUACGGUAAAUUUAACCUGUAAUUAGGUACAAAGAAAGAAAUAUGUAUGUCAUUGUACUCACUUUAUCACGCUUUACGGAAUCUGGAUUUCAAUGCAUAUUUUUUUUUAUAAUUCUCGUGUCAAAGUUACGCGUGAAGUUAGUCGUAUUGAUGACAGUUGGGGAAACGUCCGCGACCCCUCCUGUUUAUUGUAUUUAUAUGCAACCACCGCAACGUUUGUUGAUAGUCUGGGCAAAUUAUCGAAAAAAUAUCAUUUUUGGGAAAAGUUAUUUACCAGCAAUUUUAUUGCUAAAAUCGAAUCUUAAGAUUACAUAAUAUUAGUAAUAUGGGGUAUAACAAGUGUGGUAUUUUAUUUAUAAACAAAUAAGCACUCCUAAAUCUUCUUUUUUUUUAAUUAGUGCUCUGUAACUCCUAAGAUUAUUCCUUUAAACCAAAAACACUCAAAUAAAAAUUCACCGUAAUUUAGUUCUGCACAAAGUUAUUUUUUUCCGAUUUCCUUUAACAAAAAUUUUCCUGGGAAAAUCCGAGUUUUCCCAAAAAAAUCUGCAAUUUUCAAUUAAAAUUUUAGGGAAGUAAUUAUUUAUUAAUAAUUAAAUAAAUUGGUGACAUGAAAGAUUUUUUAUAGUAUAUAGAUUUAAGUAUAUAUCAGCAGGCCGGCGUCAAUCUAACCAAUAGUUUAGCAAUAAUUAAAAUGUUAAUUAAAAAAUUUCGUUCGAAAUAAUAACCAGAAAGAUUAUGAUACACCAGAAUAACUAUGAUUUUCGUAUAAAAAAGCACUAUACCUAUUCAAUGUACUUUACAGAAUUGAAAUGGGACUAUUUGAGCGGUCUCAGGAAUGUUAUAAAGAAACAGUUUUUUGGCUCACAAACAAAUAGAACCCCUCAGAAAAUAUUAGAUUAAAUUAAAUUAAGUUAACGCUGUUGAAAAGGCAACGGCUUGUUCAAAGAAAAAUAAAUUGAAUUGCGAAGAUAGGUUCCAGGUAUAACCGGUCAAAUUUGACCUGCAUUUGCGACAGAGUUAUCAACAACAGGAUUUCAAUCUUUGAACCAUUACCUUUUUAUUCCGGUCCUCUUUGUACAUACAAAUUUUCAUAUCUUCAAGACACUCAUAACAAGAAAGAUUUAUAUGUCACCAAGUUAUUUAAUUAUUGAUAAAUAAUUACUUCCCUAAAAUUUUAGUUGAAAAUUAAAGAUUUUGUUUGGAAAACUCGAAUUUUCCGAGGAAAAUUUCCGCCAAAGGAAAUCGGAAAAAAAUAUCUAUGUGGAGAAUUAAAUUACAGUGAAUUUUUAGAUGAGUGUUUUUGGUUUAACGUUAAAAUCUCCCGAGUUACAGAGCAAUAAUUGAAAAAAGAUUUCGGAGCGCUAAUUUGUUUAUAAACCAAACAGCACACUUUCUGCUGACCUUGCAUAGCUAUGUAUAUUACUAAUAUAUGAAAUCAUAAGAUUUGAUUCCAGCAUGUCCAGCAAUAAAAUAGCUGGUACAUAAUUUUCCUUGUUUUAUACUAAUUUUCCCAGAUUAUUUAUUACCUUACACCUUUCAUUGAGUUGAUAAUUCAAGUUGUGGACAUUCUCAAUUAUUAUAUUUCUAAUUUAAUACUAGUCUAUCUAAUUCCUCCAAAACCAGCAAAUUUCCAUAAAACCCAGCCAUAUUCAUACCUUUUGCUUUAGUUUUCCUUGCAAGAAACAAACAAAACACAUCUCCUAAACUAAACCUAUCCUCGCUUUCGGCCAUUCAUAUUCAUUCAUGUCCGUGUCACAAUAAUUUCGACUCGAAAUUAUAAUAUCAUAAUAUCAACCACUUUUUUGGAGUCGCUAUUAAUUUGGAUAAGUCGCUAUUUUAUGACAUCAUUUCGUUAGUUCAACUAAAAUCCACAAGGAUCGCAAAGUCGCAUUUCAAAGUCACCAUAUUGAUUGCGACCUGUUUUGAGUCGAAAUUUGAAUUAGAAUCAGGGCUCAGAUCUGGCUUAUUUACUAUUUUCAUAUUUCAGGUUAUUAUUUGAAAACAGAUUUACAUUUUAAAACAAUAUACACUUUAGCAGAACAUGUAUGUAGCAGAAAAGAAAUGGAGAUGGGUAGGCCAUGUGGCAAGAACAUCGAACGACACAGGUGGAUUCGAAGGUUAUUGGCAUUCACAUCCCAGCGGCCCUGGUUUCUCCCUGCCAUUACUUGAAUGUCCUGAUAGAAGCGUUCCCCUUGUUCUUCACAUAGUGACUUAGUUGGUUUAUUAGAAUAGCAAAAUUAUGAUUAUUAAACUAGUUAUCUUACUAUUUGCUCAAUAAAACAUGUAAACCGUGUUAAGAUGACUCGGUCUUAUCGUACAUCACAACAUAAUAAUAUGUAUAUUUCAACAAAAAUAACCGUUUAGUGACAUGUUUUUAUCUACUUUUAAUUUUUAGCCAUAUUGGCUUAUCCAUAAUAGUUUUAACUGUUACAAUUUGCAUUGUAAAUGCAUUUACAAGGAGGAAAAUCGGAAAAUUCACAUUUUUGGGAUAUUUUAUGAGUUAAAGUUGGUUAUAUAGUCUUUAAAAUAUGGAAAAGUGACUUUAAUACAAAUAUCGAUAAAUACCUAAAGAUCUAGCUCAAUAAGUUUAUAAGGCUAUUUUGUUUUUGUAUACAAGUGAUGAGUGCGCUAAUCGGCAAAAUAACGUAAAAGAUGGAAAACAUAUUAAGUUGUGAGAUAAAAAGAGAUAAAACCAGUAGAGGUGGGAAAUUUAGCGAUAGAAACCAAUAAAUUUACAUUGUAUUGAUUUUUUUCCCACCUUUAGACGUACCGGACGAGUUCGGCAACUGUAUAAACUUUAUAUGAAACCAACGAAUAUACACUCAUAUAGAAGCCAUGUCAAUUUGGGAGAAAGGGUCACAGUUAGUAUACUUCAAAAUAAUCCUGUAGAUGUCGACCACAUAAACUUUAUUAGGUAUAGUAUAAGGAAAAAUUUGAAGAAGUUAGUUCUAAGAAAGAUUCACUUAUUAAAAAGUAUUGAAAGUUAAAAUAACAUUUUACUUUCUACAAAAAAUCUAUGGUGCAUGAGUAGGAUUUGAUUUUUAAUUUUAUAAAAUGCAAAAAUUUAAGGCUAAACAUUCCCAGCCUCACUCUUCCAUAUUUUGGAAGCAGUAGUAGCUUGUUGACCAGGGAUAGUGAGGUGGUGAAGGGGAAUCACAUGAGCACCUCCUGGUGUUACGGGACCAGAAGUAAAAGAGUCAAUUGUUCCUAUUAUAGGAUAGGAACCCUAACCAGCGCAUACCAAAAAAUUACGUUAAAGUGUGCUUCUAUAUGCGUCUAUAUUGGUUAAUAAAACGUAUGAAGGCUGUGUUAUUCCCAUUGUGUUUGUUUAAGCCUAUGUGUUAAGAUGCGAAUAUAUCACUUUACAAUACAUCACAUUUUGAGGUUAGAAAAAAAUCAAACAUUUUUAACAUUAGUACCAAAUUUUGACUGGUAGAGGAACUCUCACAAAUUCACAUGAACCCAGACAAAUUCCCCCUCCCCCCCAUUUGCUCAAACUUUUCAGAUCAGCAGAUACUCUGUAUGCUCAUCAUAUUUUCAGUAUUAAACUAAAUACACAAUAAAAUAGAUAAUUUUUAAUACGUUGUAAAAAACAACUACUAGACAACUAGACAAACAGGAAUUUUUUCAACAUUUCGUUUCAUUGGAAUAACAAAGUUCUAACUGCCUAUGGUGCCAUUUUUAGUUAUGACUGUUUAAAGUUUCUAUGUUAUGUAGUUAUUUUACUAUUAUCGCCACUUGUAUGUGUUAACAAUGUAAAUUAAAAAAAAAUAAAUAUAUUUUUAUUAACAGUAAAAGGUUACUUCAAUAGUUAAUACAAAGGAGUUCUGAUUUGAGAAAUAAAUUAAACUUAUUAAGUCAAGUUCUAUCUUACACAUACUCACAUACAUAAUAAUAUACCCCUGUUUAACAAUUAGUAUAUAAUAAAACAACUUCAACUUCUUUAAUAAAGUCUUAUUGUUAACUUAUAAACACUUUUAGCUCUUGCAGAUAGGACCUUGUGUACUUAGUUGACUGUUUUUAUGUCAGUUAGAACCUUGUUAACUUAUAAACAUUUAAAAGUCUCUCAGAUAGAACCUUGUAACUUACGUAUUUCAGCCACCUGUUAAUAGAUGUCGGUGCUAGUAUCAUAUUAAGGUGAAGAACAUAAAAUAGAACCAAGUUACAUAAAAAUCUCAGUUUAGACAAAAAUUGCAGAUAGAACCUUGUUAUUCUGACGCAACGAUUUGAUCAACACCUUCAGUACUACUUGUAGCGGAUUUAUCAAUACGAGAAUAUUUAGAGCCCGUUCACAUGAUAGGCGCUUAACGCCCUUUUUAAUAACGCGCGUUAAGCGCCUCUCAUGUGAACGGGCUCUUAUAGUCUUAUAAAAGCACGUUAUGACUAUGAAAGUCUGUAUUUUUCACAUGUGCAUUAAGCGCGCUGUACAGUUUCACACAUGCUCAUUACACGUGCUAUAAUCUUUCACCUGUGCAUAGGGCUUUUCAACCCUUCUCAUCUGUUUCGGGAACUUGUCAUAUGUCGUGUAAUAUUAAUAUACGACAUAUAUGAAGGGUUAAGGGAAAAAACAAGGAAUGCCAUGUUAUCUUUGUUCUGAGAAAAUGGGAAAUUUAAUGUUUGUGACUACAUAUUUUUAAACCAUUGCACUGAAGCAAUAGUAUUUAUUUUUAUUUAGUAAACUUAAAAUACAUUGUAUUUAAUACACAAACACAAUUUAAUCAAAUUUUCAAAGAACAGAGAUAAAAAAAUUAAAAAAGUACCUAACUACAAAUAAAAACUGAAAAAAACAAGGACUGUCCAAAUGUCACGUUGUAUUUUACAUUACAAUAUUACUUUACGUUACAAACAUUAGUUGCGCCAGCUGAUAGAAAGGCUGAAAACAAAAUUAUUCCAACAAAAAUUGCAAUAAAGAUUAUAACAAAGGGCAAUGCAAUAUUUUUUUGGUGGUCUAAUGCAAUGGUCGCCUGAUUUUUUUGACUUUUUGCUAGCAGCCUUUUUAAAAUUAUAGAAUGUCUGUGCCUUACGUUUGUGUAACUCAUUUUGAAUUGUUAAUUACGAAUCUCUGUAGCAACCUUGUCAUAAUUUUAAUGAUUUUAAUGUCGUCUGGAAUUCAUCACAUGCUGAACAUUUGUCUGAUCUUGGGUAACCAAAGGACAAAUUAAAUUUCGUGUUAAAAAUUUGCCGAUAUGUAACGUAAUAAACUUUAUUGGUCGGAUGUUUUUCUUUAAACAAGUUGAACAUUUUUGUAAUAUUCAAACUCUCUGGUAAAUACUUUUUCUUAGAUUCGUGUAAACUGUAAUGGGAUAAUCUAGUUUUAAAAGACUUUGUGGUUAUAAUAUAUUGCUUCACGCGAUUCUGGAUGCAACUUUCUAUGCUGGGAACUACGUUUACCACGUUUGUCUUGUCCAAAAGUUCCUGCAGCUUUUAAAUUUUUUUGUAGGUGUUCAAUUUUGCCCUUAGUUACGCCAUGUGUUGACAUGAAUGCUUUAAAACACACAUUAAUUUCUUGGGAAACUCCAUUACGCUUAACUCUAACUUCAUUGGCCGUGUUCUAACACUUCAGGCUUUGGAGCUGAAGUUGUACAGAAGGAUCCUGAAGAUACCAUGCACAGACAAAGUCACCAAUGAACAAGUACUACGGCUACAGGUGAUGAACACAACCGCAGAUUUGGUCAACAUAGUGAAGAACAGUAAGCUGCAGUACUUGGGACAUAUAAUAAGAAAUCAAUGCAGAUACGAGCUACUCCAAUCCAGUUUACAAGGUAACAUUGAAGGAAAAAGAGCCCCAGGACGAAGAAUAUCCUGCCUUGCUAACCUGAGAGCAUGGUAUAGAAAGAUCUCAACACAACUAUUCCGUAUAGCAACAAAGUCAUCAUCGCCAGAAUGAUCGUCAACGUUCGGAACGGACAGGCACGUUAUGAAGAUGUUUCUAACAAACAUAAACAAAGGAAACUAAACGAUUAAACUCGAAAUAAAAACGUAGCUAAUUUGUUUCUGUUCAAGUGGACUCUCCUUGUUUUUACCUCUCACGCGUGGACAUUUCCAGUUUUUAUCCUUCGCAGUACUAUUUUAAUUAGGCAUAUUUAUCGGACGGUCCAAGUUAUUAUCUACCAGUCUACUGUAAAUAGUAAAUACAUAAAAUAUCUGUUAGAUAGUGUCACUAUCUUAAUUUCUUAUAAAGUGUGACAUUCCCUGUUUUUUUCCUUCACCCUUCAUAUGACAAGUGUCCAUAUUAUGCAUUUUUAAAUUAUUUGUUAAAAAUAAAUCUAAAUUGCACUGGAAGGCUAAUUAUAUCUACAAGAAGAUCAUUUGUAAGAGAUUCGAGUGACUUAAGUACAUAUUUUAAAGACAUAAAGGUUAUAGAAAUAAAGUCUGAAGAUUUUAAAAAUGUUUCAUAUGCAGUUUUGCUUUGUUAAUUUUACCUAGUAUAUACAAUAUACUACAUUGUGAUAUCGUCUCCUGUAUAUUAUAUUAGUAAUAUAAAUUGUUUGAUAAUGUUUUAAAA